CUAUGAUUAAUAAAAGUUAGAAACACAACUCAGAGUAAUAACAAAACAGGCAAAUAAAAAAAUUUAUAGUUUUGGCGGCGAAUGAAUACUUUAAUUUUAAUUUUACUCAAAUUUGUUUUUUAUUUUUUUUUAUGAGUGUCCGCAUUUUCAUACUAAAUCCUUUUUUUAUAACUGAAUGGUUGAAUUUUUAACUUCCAGGUAGCAAACUAUAAUACACCUAAGGCCGGGUUAAAAUCAUAGAAUGCGAGUAAAUUUUACUAUAAAAUUUACUCGUAUUCUAUGCUAUAUAGAGGUUAGAUAGCUUGAUAUUUUUGUCACUUCAGAAUCAGAUUUGUUAAAGUUAUAAUUGUUCUGUUUCAGAGGUUUUAUUAUUAAUUAGUUACCUAUAUUACUAGUCAGUGUUGUAGAAUGUGCAAUUUAAGUCACUAUUUUCGAGUAUAAUACUGUACUCGUUUAAAUUAAUAGACCGGUAAAUUAUAAAAGGUACUUUUCAUUGACUUUUAUAUUUAGUAAAAAUGACGACACGAUCUCAAAAGCCAAAGUCAUCGCCUGAAAGCCCUUUAAAAACAAAUAAACGUGUCGAGAGUUCUUGGAUUCUUCUUAUAAAAGAUGGAUUAUUUGAAAACAGUAACUUCAACAUCAUAACCUUGCCACAUCCUGCACAUGGUAAACCUGCUAAGUAUGCCCUGGACCAUAUUCAUAAUAAGAUGUAUGAACUGGUAUUAUUUAGUGAACCAUACCGGUCCUGGUUCAUUGAUGAAACUGUCAAAUCAGAUGGCAACUUGCUUUUGUUGACUCCAGUUAAUCCUUUAUUUUUAGUACUACCACGACUGAGAGAGCAAUGCAGUAGUAGGGCUGUGCCCUUAGAAGACUUAUUGUCAGAAAAAGGUUAUAGCAAAUUAUUAGAUUAUGUUACUAAUAUAGAUUUGAUUGGCGAUUUAAAGGGUCCAGCAGAUAUGAAAGCUUACAAGUACAAUGAGGAAAAAACUUUAGCAUGGCUUGAAGGAAGAGUUAAGAAAUUAGCAACAGUAUUAAGAGAGAAAAACAUCCAUGUCACUUCAGGAGCCACUUCUGCCACGUUUGUAGCUAGUAACAUUGGGAAUGAUAAUAUUGAUGAAGAAAUCUACCUUAAAUAUGCACAUGGGAUGGUUUCUGAAUAUCUUCAAGAUGAUCUUGUAGAACUUUUAGAAAAAAAAUUUCAUUUUAAACCUGACCUGAUUGAAUCUAUUGGAAAGAAGAGAAAAUCUGAAGCAACAGAUAUCAGUGACCCUAAUAAGAAAGUAAAACAAGAAUCAAAUGGAGUCAAUGGAGACAGCAUAGAUAUCAGUAUAAAUCAAAGUUAUACCGAAGUUAAAAAAGAGCGCCCAUUAUCGGCCAAAGAAAAGGCCAGACAAAAAGCUGCUAGUGGUACUAAAACUAUUUCAUCCUUCUUUACAAAGAAAUAAGUAAAACAGACAAUAUGUUUUAGGUUUAGACAAUUAUGUAAUAAUAUUGUAUUAAGUAUUCAAGUAAUAACUAAAAUCGAUUCUUGUUACACAAUUAUAAAAUAAACAUUUUUUUUUUAA